AUGACUAAUACUUGGUCUAAUGAGAAGACUCUUGACUUUAUUAAUGAAGUGCAAUUACAUCCUGAAAUAUGGAAUGUGGAAACAGGAAUGUAUAAAGACAAUAAUGCAAAAAAAGAUGCAUGGUCUAUUGUUGCUACUAAGUUUGAUAUAUCAAGUGAUGACGCUUACAAGAAAUUCCGAAGCCUGCGAACUUAUGUGAAGAAUGAGGAAAGAAAAAAGAAUAAAAGUGGUAGUGCUGGCGGCAAACAAACAAAAUGGUUUGCUUACGAUGCGAUGUCGUUUAUUCUUAGUCAAGAUACUCCAAAAACAAGACUGGAUAGUGAAAAUGCAACAGAAAAUGGGACUGAAGCCCAAGAGACUAGUAGCAUUGCUGACCAAGAGGUACUUUCAGAAACAACGGACUCUCUGCUUUGCUCUGUUCCCUCUCCAAAACCACGUGCUUCUAAGAAGUCCAAGACUGCAGAUCCCAUUUUGGAAAAGGCUCAAAACAUUAUACUUGAAGCAGGUGAAAAAAGAAGAAAUGAAUUUGCUGGUUUCGCAGAGCAUAUAGCAAACAAGUUAAGUAAAUAUGAUGACUAUACCCGUGCUCAGGCAGAAUUCAACAUAAUGAAAAUUUUAUUUGACUGUGACAUGGGAAAAUACAGAAAUCCAGCUUCGUUUACACAGAGUCCUGCUGGCGAUAGCGGAGAAAGAGCUAGCACUUCUCAAUCCCAAUAUUCAGAGAUGUCGCAAUACAUAUCACGACAAAAUACUCGGCAGCCUAUGACUCAAGAAUAUACCGCUCCUUAUCAGUCUCCACCACAACAGUAUGCUGAUCUACACCACACCCAGUUAACUGGAAAUAUUGCUUAUGAAGAACUUGUGACUAACUGUCAAUAG